GAAACCUUUAGGUAAUUGACACAGGGACCUAGCCUUGGUGCUUGCUAUCAGCGGAGGUUCCCCACACUCAGUCGUUGGUUUUAAUUCGGACCCAAACCUCAACCUGGGGCGGUUCAUUUGUCUUCCACCUCUGUAACUUCCCUUGACAAGAGAAACUCAAGAUUGCAAGAUGUCGCAAAAAAAUGUCGUUGUGAUAGGAGCCGGUGUCGCCGGGUUGACCACCGCUCUCCUCCUGUCCAAGCGUCCCGGCUACAAGAUUGUCGUGGCUGCCAAGCACAUGCCGGGAGAUUAUGACAUUGAAUAUGCUUCCCCGUGGGCUGGAGCGAACUAUAUGCCUGUUUCUGUUCGUGGAACAGAGGCGGCAAAGUGGGACAAGGACACUUGGGGUCCGCUGGAAGACCUAGCGCAGAACCAUCCCGAUGCUGGGGUUCACUUCCAAGAGUGCGAAAUCCGCAGUCGCUCGAAGGAUGUCGGCACUGCGACGGCAGACUGGUUCGCUGAGCUCCUGUCGCCCAGCCCGUGGUUCAAGGACGUCGUGCCCAACUUCCGCACGCUCCCUAAAGAGACUCUCGGCUCAGGGAUCGACUCCGGCACGGCAUUCACCUCCGUCUGCAUCAACACAGCCAUCUACCUCCCCUGGCUCGUCUCGCAGUGUCUCAAGAACGGCGUGAUCUUCAAACGCGCCGUCUUCAAGCACAUUUCGGAGGCAAGCUCCUCAGGCAUCCACCCCGGAAACAAAGUCGACAUCGUAAUCAACUGCACAGGACUGAUGGCCUCGACCCUCGGCGGCGUGGAAGACAAAAAGGUCGUUCCCGCUCGCGGUCAAAUAGUUAUCGUCCGCAACGACUCCGGUCGCAUGUACGAUAUCUCCGGCACAGACGACGGGCCCGACGAAGCGUGCUACAUGAUGACGAGGGCCGCUGGCGGCGGCACCAUCCUCGGCGGCUCCUACCAGAAGGGCAGCUGGGAGUCGCAGCCGGACCCGAAUCUCGCGACCAGGAUCAUGAAGCGCGCUGUUGAGCUGUGUCCUGCGCUGACGGGCGGGAAGGGAAUCGAGCAUCUGGAUGUUAUUCGCCAUGGGGUGGGGUUGCGGCCUGUGCGUGAGGGUGGUACCAGGAUUGAAAAGGAGCGUCUGGGAGGUGUGUGGGUUGUUCAUAACUAUGGUGCUGGUGGGGCUGGAUAUCAGUCAUCGUAUGGGUGUGCGAAGGCUGCUGUUGACCUCGUUGAGGAGGCCUCGAGAGAGAAGGCGAAGCUGUAGAUAACAUACCGUACGGUAUAUAGAUCUUCUUAGGGUAGGAAGUCAG